GGCCCGGCGGGGCGGCCCGGCUCCGCAGCGCCCUCCGCUCGGCUCGGCUCGGCCCGGCCCGGCUCCCCGGCGCUUCCCCGGCGCGGCUCGGCCGCGGGCCCGGCGGCGGGGGGGGCCCAGGAUGCCCGAGGAGCGCGGCUCAGUCCCACCAUGUCGGUCUCCAAACUGCAGGACGUGGAUGAGGUUUUCGAUUUUACCGCUGUGGUUCCAGAGACGCCGCGCCUGGACAGCAGCCUGCAGAAGGCCCGAGCCCGGCUCCUAGCCAAGGGCCGCCGGCACCGGCCGUCCCGCUCCCGCCUGCGAGACAGCGCCAGCUCCACCGAGGGCGACGAGGGGCCCGAGGCGGCGGAGGGGCUGGCGGGCACCCCCUCGCCCAAGUCCUGCCACAGCUCCGACAGCUCGCCUGGCUUUGCCCGCCGCGACGCCCGGCCCCAGCGGCACAGCGAAGAUGACAGCCGGGACAUGAGCCCCCCCGAGCCGGCCAGCCCCACCGUGGGGCUCGAUAAGAAAACACGGAGGAAGUUCUUGGAUUUGGGAGUGACCCUGCGCCGGGCAUCCUCCAGCAAGAGCCGGAAGGAGAAGGGCAGCAACCGCCUGUCCAUGGGCAGCAGGGAAGCGGUGGAGGGUCCUGGCCGCUCCUCGGGGUCACCCUUCCUGCCCUUCUCCUGGUUCUCGGAUGGCGCGAGGGGCUUGGCCUCCCCCGGCUCCGCGUCGCCCGCCAGCUCCCCCCGGCACGAGGGGCUCAGCCCUGCCAAAUCUGCCUCCCAGGACUCGACGCUGAGCGAGGACUCCCCACCGCCCAGCGCCAGCCCGCGCCUGCCCGGCCCCACCGCCACCAAGUGCUCCUACCCCUACCACACCCUGUCACAGUCCUCAGACGAGUUCCUGGACGAGCCCCCCGGCACAGCCGCGGGCUGGACGUGCCAGCAGGUGGGACAGUGGCUGGAGAGCCUCAACCUGGAGCAGUACGUGGAGGUGUUCUUGGCCCACGGUGUUGAUGGUCCACGGCUCCUGCACCUCGAUGGUGCCAAGCUCAAGGCGCUGGGCGUGGGCAGCUCGCAGGACCGCGCGGUGAUGAAGCGGAAGCUGAAGGAGCUGAGCCUGGCCGUGGAGAAGGAGCGCAAGGCCCAGGAAAAGGCGGAGAAGCAACGGGAGAAGCAGAAGAAGAGGGACCAGGAGCAGCGGCGGAGCUAAGGUGGGGGCCGGGAGCGCCCCUGCACCCCCUCCCCACCCACAGCCCCCGGGAUGCUUGGGGGGCACCCGGCUCCGGCACGGGACCCGCUGCCGUGGCCAAGGGACGGCGGUGCCAGGCUGAGACAGGCACGGAGCAGCACACGUCCCCCCCCUCCUCCAGCCGCCCCCUCCCUGCCUGCACCCCUGCACCCCAAAGGCACAGUCCGGGCCCCCCCUGGGCCCCUUUUCUGGAUGCAAAUGGCACGUUGGACCCCCUCCCCACCCUGUCCCGUCACCCACCCACCCCCCCCCCACCCUGAGGGGGGUCACAGCCACCCCCCUCACCCUGGUCCCCCGGCACGGUGCGGCACCAGCCGAGGACAGUGCAUGGCCUGACCACCCCAAAACACGCACACCCCCGAGUUGGGGUGCAGGGAGUGAAUGCUGACCCCCCACCCAGCCCCAAGGAUGGCGCUCUGGGGGACACCCCAAGAAAUAAAAGGGUAUCGAGGG